UUGCGCUAGACUUUCUCCUAGGGCAACCCCAUUUUCUUUCAUGUUUGAGAAUGCUACCACUUCUUCAACUUCCAAAGAUUGUGUCGCACUAUAGUUUUUAAAAUGCUUAUGGAUUGCUCUCUCUUGCAAUCAUGGAAGGUAACAAGGCACGACGGGUUUUGGUGGACAAGCUCAUCGAACUCGGCACGAAGGCAACGAGGCCGGGUGUUUGCGACGACGCACGGAAAGCAAGCCAGCACGAUUUUGACGAGCUUGUCAAGCAAACAGGAACCUCUACUCUGAUUCAGACUCUUACCUUUCUCAUACAGCCUGGACGAGUGCCGCCCGAGUUGAGAACGACGCUGCUGGACGUCUUGACCCGGGCGCCCCUGAGAACCGACGGCGUGCGAGCUACUGUGGAGUUUGUCUUCUCCGUGCAUCCUUCAAGUACCGUCAGCUCGGCAGAGGAAGCCGCUCCCCAAAAGAAUGGGGCCAAUAUCACACAGGAGGCUCUCAACCUGGCCGCCAAGAUGAUUGCGUAUCCCCCGGCGAGCGUCUCCCACGACACCUGGUACCAAGCUGUAGCGCCCCAGCUAUUCGUCCUCUUGGAUGGCGAGGAUGGUAUGGAACUCAUGAAGGUAGCAGCAUAUGUGAUCGGUUUUGGCAUUCUCGGCCGCAAACAAUCUGGUGCCAUCGGCACGGCCGGGUGGGAGGCUAUUGCAGAGCCAAUAUUGAGGCCUAUCAACCCAUCACUUGGAUUCACACUGGGCGCACUUACCAGCGUCAGCCAGGAUACCAAUGAUGUUGUAGACUUGAGCAAGUCCACUAUCUUGUUCACUGCCGAUCAGCUUGCGAAGGCUCUUCACCGGCUACAAGCACUGCUUCUAUCACACCCAAAUCCCAGCCUUUCCAAACGACUUCUUCACAGUGUCAUACUCCCACUGUGGGCUCUUGGCUCCUGGCCCUACCCUCCACCGCAAUGUCUCGAGAAAUAUUGCCAGCCAGCACAGAAUCUGCUCAAGAUAUAUCUCAAGAUCACUGCUGGGUCACAAGGCUUCCAGACCUUGCUUUCAGAUCUCCUCUAUAACGGCAACAGUGACCAGCAUAUGCGGUGGAAAUAUGAGUCAACAAAAACAGGCGAGAUCUCGGUGGUCGAGCCCAGAGCGUUUAUUGAGGAUGUAUCUGCUCAGAUUGCUUGGGACACCAUCGAUUCGAAGGUCGAUAGCCUGAUCGAUCUCAUCAAAUCUAUCUGCUCUGAAGGAGACAUCGCGUCUAUCUUCUCGAACCUGUUCGCUAGCUGGUUUGCAUCAAAUAGCGACAGCAGUGAUAUAACGACUUCGAAGGAGGCCGGCGCCGAUCGAUUAGACCCGUUCACUUCGAUUAUUCAAGUGAAGGUCCUGCAGCAGAUGAUGAACGAAUUUCCUUCUCAAAUCUCAUCUCGCUCCGACUCACUCCUGACAUUGAUCGAGCCAAUUUUGAGCAAGGGCGCUGACUCAAUGGAUGAUGAAACGAUCCCGGUGGCUCUCAGUCUUGUCAACACGAUCAUCACCGCACCCUCCUUCCAAAAGUCAAGAAUGCCCACAGAUGUGAUUCAGUCUAUUGAGUCAUCGCUAGAGCAUCUAGGUAGUGCUCAGUUAGGAGACAGUUCUUUGACAGCCCGGAACCUUUCGUUGCUCAUGAGGUAUCGGGGCGAGCUAGACGACCCUUCAGAUACGUCGACGGCUCCCACGCAGCGCCAAGUGGACGACCGCAAGACGUACGACUUGGCUCUGUCAUACAUCACUCAAGCAGAUUCACCUCCGCCUGUCAGAGCAGAGGGACUCAAUCUCCUGCAAACACUUAUCACCCAAAACAGCCCCACGCUGGAUAUACCCGCCACCUUGGUCCUUAUGUCGUCACUACUGCAGGACGAUGAGGACUACAUCCAUCUCAAGGUCAUAAAGAUCUUUACCCAGCUUGCUAACAAGCAUCCAAAGACCGUCACCAAGGAAUUGUUGGAGCGCUAUACCGACAGCAAUGAAAUAGCAUCAAUCGACACUCGCCUCAGAUUCGGUGAAGCCCUGCUACAAGUCGUCGAGCGCCUGGGUGAGACUUUCACGGGCGAAACGGCUCGACAGGUCGCCGAAUCUCUCCUAUCAACGGCCGGCCGACGUGGGUACAGGCCCAAGACGGAAGAGAAGCAAAAGAAGGACGAGCGGCUCCGUCAGAUGAAACAGAAGCGGGCUGAACAAGAGUGGGGCGGACAGGUACCCGACCUCGCUGACGACGAGACAGAGGAAGAACAGGCGAACAAAGAACUACUCACCCAGAUCGUGGGUGGUUGGGAUAGCAAGCACGGGAGUGAAGACAUUCGGAUCCGUGCUUCAGCAUUAUCCAUCUUCGCUAUCGGUAUUGAAACCAAUCUCGCUGGCCUGGGCCCAUCACUGGUCACUGCUGGCGUUGACCUCUCAGUCAAUGUUUUAACAAUGGAACCGGGUGCGGAAGCUGGCAUUCUGCGGCGGUCAGCCGUGUUGGUGAUACUAAGCUUUGUCCGGGCCCUCAAGAACGCCAAGGAUGCUGGGCGCAGGCUAGGCUUCGGCCUCACGCAAGAUAGUCAGGAAGACAUCAAAAGGGUGCUGAAGUACAUAAGCGAAACGGACAACGACGGGCUGGUCAGACAGCAUGCCAGAGACGUUGUGGAGAGCUUGGUCAACUGGACCCUUGGGUCGCUCGUCUCUGAGACUAGGGCGCCAGAUUCGACUCUUUCCAGACUAGCUGGUUUGAGUGUUCAGCCUGGAGAGACGACAGUCUCCAGCGGAACAUCGUUGAGGCCGAGAAUCCAGGAGCUUGAUUAGUAUCGUGUUGUUGCUUGUGCAAAAGGUGUGGAAGAGGCGGGAAAUGAGUUCUGCGGAUUUAUCGCUCAAUCUCGUUGAAUUUACUCCUGUCACAUUCACUCCUGUCAAAUCUACUUCUGCCAAAUCCAC